AUGGGCGAAGAGGAAGGUGCUAACCAGGCCGAAAGAGUUAUCCGAAUCCAGAGAGUGUUUAUAAACCUGCUGGACACCUACAGCAGCAGAAACAUUGGAAAGUAUCUAUCCAAUUGUGUUGUUGGGGCUUCGCUUGAAGAAAUUGGAGAGGAGGAGGAAGAGGAAGAUGACACCAAGUCAGCGGCCCGGGAAGCCUUUUCAUUCAGACAGAGGGAGGGCACCUUCCAGAUCGUGGGCACCCUGUCCAAGCCUGAAAGCCCCCGGCCAGACUUCGCUGUGGAGACGUACUCGCAUACCAUAUCUCGGGAUGACCUCCUCACCCGGCUGAUGGAGUGCGAUGUUACCAUUUAUAAUAUCACGGAGUACUCACAGCAAAUAGAAGAAGCCUUAUGGGCAGUCUCUGCCCUGAAUGAGGAAGUCUCCCAUUUUGAAAAGCGGAAGGUGUUUAUUUUACUUUCCACGGUGAUGACAUGGGCCCGAUCCAAACCUCUGGACCCGGAUGAUUCCGAGGUUCCAUUUACUGAAGAGGAUUAUCGGAGAAGAAAGCAUCAUCCUAAUUUUGUGGAUCACAUAAAUGCUGAAAAAAUGGUUCUCAAAUAUGGAAAGAACAUGAAGAAAUUUGCAACGUAUGUGAUUGCUUCAGGACUUCAGUAUGGAGUGGAAGGAGGCAUCUUACACAACUUUUUUAAGAUGGCCUGGCUAGGUGAGAUUCCUGCCCUGCCUGUUUUUGGAGAUGGAACAAAUGUAAUCCCAGCCAUUCAUGUUCUUGAUCUAGCAGGAGUGUUACAAAACGUGAUAGACCACAUACCAAAGGUUCACUACCUGGUUGCUGUGGAUGAGUCUGUGCAUACGCUGGAAGACUUCAUCAAGUGCAUCAGCAAACAUACUGGCCCUGGGAAAAUUCAGAAAAUGUCUAAAGAGAGCGCCUUCCUAAGCAAGGAGCUUACACAAGAGCAUCUUGACCAGUUGCUGGUGAACUUGAGAAUGGAAGCGCUAUACGUGAAGGAGAAUUUUAACAUCCGGUGGGUUGCCCAAACAGGAUUUGUAGAAAACAUCAACAACAUCCUCAAAGAGUACAAGCAAAGCAGAGGCUUACUGCCAAUCAAGAUUUGUAUUCUUGGUCCUCUUGCUGUAGGAAAGACCACAGUUGCCCAAGAGCUGUCCAAAUACUACAAAGUGCCUCACAUCCGAGUAAAGGAAGUGAUUGCCGAAGCCAUAGCCAAGCUGGAGUCCAUCAUUGCACCUAAGGACCCAGGAGAGGGAGAAGAAGAAGGUGAAGAGGAAGAAGAGGAGGAGAACGUGGAAGAUGCUCAGGAACUCUUAGAAGGUGUCAAGGAAAGCAUGGAGCAGAAUGCAGGUCGGCUAGAAGAUCAAUAUUUAAUCAGAUUCAUAAAAGAAAAGCUAAAAUCUAUGCCUUGUAGGAAUCAAGGUUACAUUUUGGAUGCAUUUCCAAAGACUUAUGACCAAGCAAAAGACCUUUUCAAUCAAGAAGAUGAGGAAGAAGAAGAAGAAAUCAGAGGCAAAAUGUUUCCCAUUGACAAAAUAAUUGUACCUGAGUUUGUUUGUGACCUGGAUGCCUCAGAUGAGUUUCUGAAGGAGCGGGUGAUGAACCUCCCUGAGAACAUCGUGGCGGGGACCCACUACAGCCAGGACCUGUUCCUCCGGGCCCUGAGCACCUAUCGCGACCUCAAUACUGAGGAUGAGACUGUCUUCAACUAUUUUGAUGAAAUUGAAAUCCACCCAAUACACAUUGAUGUAGGAAAACUUGAAGACCCUCAGACCAAAACUAUUAUGAAGAUGCUCAUCAAAGAGAUUGGGGAGCCUCGAAAUUAUGGUUUAACAGAUGAGGAAAAAGCAGAACUGGAGAGGAAGACUUUGGAGGAACGCCUGGCCAAGGAGGCUGCUGAGGAAGCAGAACGCGAGCACAAUGAGGCCGUGGAGGUGGCAGAGAAGCUAGCUCGCUGGGAGGAGUGGAAUAAACGACUGGAGGAAGUGAAAAGAGAAGAGAGAGACUUACUGGAGGCCCAGUCUGUUCCCUUAAGAAACUAUCUAAUGACGUAUGUCAUGCCAACCCUUAUGCAGGGUCUCAAUGAGUGCUGUAAGGUUAGACCUGAUGAUCCUGUUGAUUUCCUGGCAGAAUAUCUCUUCAAACACAACCCUGACAUGCAGUAA